AUGGCGCCUAAGAAAAAGAAGGAGCCACCGAUUCGUUGCGACGAAAUCCAAGGCGAACGUUUCAGUGCGCCCACAGAAGACGUGUUUUCUCAUAAUUGGUGGGAAGUUUUUUGCUUUCCUUAUAUACUAUGUGGUCGAAUAUGGGAUUGUUUCGUCUCACUAUGCUCAGGCACAAAUCAAUGCCUCGUAUACUGGAUGAUGAUUCAAUGGAUAGUUUGUAAAAUCACUAAGCUGACUACACCUGAUGCUAUUGUAUUUCCAUAUUACUUUUAUAUGUUCUGCCAAGUUAUAUUAUUGACAGCGUUUUUUGUGAUGCUGUGGAUAUUUUUUGGGAAGAGUGUCGUAAUACCGUAUUUUGAGGCAUUCUACGCAGCUAUAAUUGGUGCAAAUGAUUCACCAUCGGCAAACACAACAAGAUUGUCAUUUAGGAGUUCGGGAAUAUUCAACUAUCUGCACUGCAUAUUUGCAGUAAAAACUCCUGUGUUGGGGCAGUGUCGGCAUUCGAUACUAGCUGCAAAUAAGCAAAUCCAUCAUGAAGGUGUGGGGAGCUCAUGGCGAAUUUUGUGCCAGGCAUCAAUGGGAGGUUAUCGUGGCCACCUUGGCUUUACUGGCAUGUGCUGCCAGCGUGGAGAGACAUGGCACUGGUAUCCGUUCAGA